AUGUCAGACCCAUUUGCCUAUAAGUACCCAUCUCCGCUCGAAGUUUACGAGAACCCAGAGCCAUUGUCCGAAGAGCGGAACGAGGAUGGUAAAUCAUUGAAGAACCCACAGCAUGGAGUUCUGAGCAAAGCAUACGACGAAUUCCCCGAUCCUCUUUCCAAGGGUCGGGAGGGAGGCUUCGACAUUCACAUUUACCAUUUCCAAAAUAACCCCGAGCAAGUCAAAUUCGCACAGGCACUACAUGAACGCAUUAGACGAGAAUUCCCCGAGCUACGAAUCUAUCGCUUCUGGGACCGACCUAUUGGACCUCACCCAGUGGCAAUGUUCGAGGUGAACCUGUUCACACCCGCUCAAUUUGGCGCUUUUGUUCCCUGGUUGGUUAUCAAUCGCGGUCCUUUGAGCGCGUUGCUCCACCCCAACACUGUGGAGUCGGAGGACGAACGUAACCAUACUCAACGCGCAACCUGGCUGGGAGAUCGCCUUCCGUUGGAUACGAGUCUUUUUAAGAAGCGGGACAGCCAGCUCAAUUGA